CUCGAACGUCGGACCAGCGUGUUGAUCAAGCGUUGGCACUGCGGCUUGAUCGCGAUACUGCGCACCGACCGUCCACCAUUCGUUAAGCGGAUUCGAGCCACACCGAGCGCGGACCGUGCUUGCGCCGUUUUGUCUGCGUACGAAAAAAAAAAAAUAGAUCGGACACUUCCUCGAUCAAACGGCCGGUUUUGGUUACUGCCGUCUGUCGCUUUCUCCCUCCCGCCCCAGCCAUCUAACACCAAUCAACUCUCGAUCUCUCGAGCGAUCGGUACAGCGAGCGAGUUCCAGCCGCAGUGUCAGUGAGUGUACAGCAGCCCAGCCAGCAUGAAGCAGUUUGGCGCACUAUUCGGACUAAUCGGCCUGGCCCUGGUCGCACAGGCAUCGGCCGCGGCAGCCCCCAGCUGUCCGGAACCGUACGGCGAGCAGGCGUACCUGCACCCAGACCACUGCGACCAGUUCUUCCUCUGCACCAACGGUACGCUCACGCUCGAGACGUGCGAGAACGGACUGCUGUUCGACGGCAAGGGUGCGGUCCACAACCACUGCAACUACAACUGGGCGGUCGACUGCGGUAGCCGCAAGUUCGCCACGGACCAGACGCCCCUGUCGACGCCUGGCUGCGAGUACCUGUUCGGCGUCUAUCCGGACGCGGCCGAAUGCUCCACCAGCUACCACAAGUGCGCGUUCGGCGAGGUGCACCAAGAGCUGUGCGAACCGGGCCUGGUGUACGAUCACCGCAUCCACGGCUGCAACUGGCCCGACCAGCUGCUCGACUCGUGCAACCCGGAGGCGGUGGUCGGCUUCAAGUGCCCGCAGUCCGUGCCGUCCGGCACGGUCGCGGCCCGCUUCUGGCCGUACCCGCGCUACCCAGUGCCCGGUGACUGCCACCGGCUGAUCACCUGCGUCGACGGCCAUCCGCGCCUGAUCACGUGCGGCGAGGGCAAGGUGUUCAACGAAGAGUCGCUCACCUGCGAAAACCCGGAGGAUGUGCCGCAUGCCUGCCGCCACUAAGGCCCGUGACGUCGCGUCGUAGCCUCCAACGCCUCCCUUCAUACUCAACACACACACACACUGAGCCACACACGUUCCCAACUCCCGUUACUGGGCGUAAGGAUUAGCGCCAACCAUGCAACCUCCUGCUGGAGGAGGCGCCACUGCUUCGCGCCUGUUUGUUAUUUCUUUUCGUUAUCGUUGUUAAACAUUCCUCACCUUCGUACAAGUUUGCCAUGUUCUAUCCUCUCGUAACGUUUAUUAGUCUACAGCAUUAAUACGGUUGUUUUGUUUCAUUACUUUCCUUUUCUUUUGGAUGUCGCACUACUUCGCCCUCUCUUCCACCGCGCACCUUGUCUCAGGCGGGUGUGGGUGUGGGUGUGUGUGCAGUUUAAAAAUGCCUUUUCUGUCGUGCCUAGCCCUGGGGUUUCCCUUUCUUUUACGCAUUUGUUCGUGUGUUUUUUAUCAGCGCGCGUAGCGUUGGAUUAGCGUAUCUUCGUUCAACUAACUCAGUAACCGCAGCACAUAUACACGGUUCUAUUUAGUUACUUCCCCCCAUUUAUAUCACCGUUUUCCAUUUCUUCUUUUUGGCAGAGACGUAUGUCUUUCCUACGCACACCACUGCACACAUACACACACACAGAUGGACCGCGGUGCACACCUCAUUCGUUAUCUAACCGUGUGUUCGUUAUCUUUUGUUACUCUUCACGCCGGGCUCUACUACUACUACCGCACCGUGCCAAAUCAUAGCUUGCCGUUGUUCAAGCGCUUGCACUACUUCAUUUUGGUUUCGUUUUGUGUUUAGUUGCCCCCACCAUUUGCCUCCAUCGUGCGACAGAAGGAAGUGGGGCUGAAAACGGAAAUAAAAGAACACCCGGGGACAAAAGAAAGAAAAGGCACUGAAACACUCUCAACAAGAAAGCAUAACUCAGAACGCGAAAAAAACAUUCAAAAUUAUACAUGCAGAAUUUUGAGCGUAUAAACAAUUGUUUUUGAAUAAAUAAAAAAAAGAACCCCCUGUAUACACAUUACACACAUUUUAAAUGGUCCGCGUAA